ACCGAAUUCCACAACCUCGGGCUUGGUGGAGGCCGUAAGACAGGGACUAACAUGUGGCUCUUAAAUCACCAGCCCUCCUUUCAUUGGGAGCGAAACAGGCAGAUCAUAUUCUACCUACGACCAUUUGUCCAGCAACAGAUACCAUAAUAACAUCGAAUCGAUUCGAGAUCAUGUCAGCGGAACCAAAAAAUGAGCAUGCCCUGUCCCCUACGGAGGAGCUUAGCGUCGGGACGCCCAACCCCGACUUGGAGAGCCAGACCAAGGAUAAAGUAGAGUCAGUAUCCGCAUUCAAGGCCCUUGGAUGGCUUGAUCGAUUUCUCGCUCUAUGGAUCCUCCUGGCCAUGACAGUUGGCAUUAUCCUAGGCAAUUUUGUACCCUCAACGGGACCGGCGUUACAGAAAGGCAAAUUUGUUGGUGUGUCAGUGCCAAUUGCCAUCGGCCUCCUCGUUAUGAUGUACCCAAUUCUAUGCAAAGUCCGAUACGAGUCACUGCACAAGCUUCUAGCGCACCGCGAGAUGUGGAAGCAGAUCAUGUUCAGCAUCGUCAUCAACUGGGUGGUAGCACCUUUCCUCAUGCUCGGUCUCGCUUGGGCCUUUCUCCCUGACAAGAGCGAAUUGCGUAUUGGUCUAAUUCUGGUUGGUCUUGGGAGAUGUAUUGCCAUGGUUCUUAUUUGGAAUGGCCUGGCCGGCGGCGAUAACGAAUACUGCGCUAUACUUGUUGCGAUUAACUCCAUGCUCCAAAUGGUCAUUACCGCACCUCUCGCCGUGUUCUUCAUUCGAGUUAUCAGUCAUGAGACUGGCAUCAACGAUGUUUCAUACGAGGUGGUUGCUACGAGCGUCGCGGUUUUCCUUGGAAUUCCACUUGCUGCCGCGAUCGUCACCCGCUUUACACUGCGCAUGACGGCUGGGCCCGAGUGGUACGAACGCGUCUUCCUCCGGUUUGUGGCCCCUUGGUCUCUGAUAGGUCUACUAUAUACCAUUCUUGUCCUUUUUGCAUCGCAAGGACGUCAGGUGGUACACCAAAUCGUCUCGGUCGUCCGCGUCGCUGCCCCGCUCGUGGUUUACUUUAUUUCCAUCUUUUUCGUUACCCUUUUUAUCGCUCAUCGUAUGGGCUUCAGUUAUCCCCUCACUGUAACGCAAAGCUUUACCGCUUCAAGUAAUAACUUCGAAUUGGCUAUCGCCAUUGCAGUUGCUACCUUUGGCCCCGAUAGCGACCAAGCACUCGCAGCAACUGUUGGACCACUUAUUGAAGUGCCCGUUCUACUCGGUCUGGUAUAUCUCAUGCGAUGGGCACGGAAAAGAUGGUCGUGGAACGUAUAAUGGCCAUUCAUACCUGGUAGCUUAUAUCAAGGCUUAUGCAGGACUGUUUGCACAGAUAAACUUGUAGGGUUACACGGUGGAUUCGUAUCCAAUAGAUUGGAUUGUACAAAAAUGGACCGGGCUUGUUGUGUUUAGACUUGAGAUAAACAAAAUAGAAUUAUGUGA